GAAAAUAAUGGAGGGCCUGUAUACUCUUGAGAGGAUGAUUUUACUGUUAUCUAUGAUGUUCAUAUAUACUGAGGUUUAUGCAAUCACCUUUUGUGAAAAGUCAACCAUCACAAUAAGGUAUGUAGAGAAAUGUCCAACAGACGCUAAAUCCUGGAAGAUUGCCGCCGAAAAAAUGAACUGUGAAUCCAUUGAACAACGUUGCUCAGAUUCCUUCAACACCGGGCGACAUCAGUUCCAGUACCAUUGCGUCAUCAAUGCUUGGAGGAACGCAACUUUGGAAGUGUGUGCCCUAAAUAGAACUAUAUUUGGUUAUUGUACAGAGUACAACAUCAACGGGAUUGUGAUACAAGACAACUAUGGAGCAGACUGUACGAAGUUUAACCCGCCAUGUCCAGCAUCGUAUAACUCAGCAGAGGCUUACAAGUAUCAAACUUGCUAUGACCUGGUAAAAAGGAAUCGUAAGAUGCAUCCUAAUUCGGCUCCAGAAAGACUCUGUGGAAUGUUGGCCUUACCAAUCCUGACCAUUCUCCAUGUGAUGCGUGCGCAUGUUUUGUAAAAACAUUUCAUAUAAUUUGGUAACUAACGUGUACAUGUAGUAUGGAUUACUAACAAAUUGAAACUAG